CGGUGCCACUCUCCUGGCGGCAGGCGGAGGCAACUGGAGGCGGCGGGGGCGGCGGAGGAGAAAGAGCUGAACAAAGAUUGAGCGUCAGGCUGGGCGUGCGCCGCGGAGCCCCGCGGGGGAAAGGCAACCAGAGCCGGGAUCAUCCCCGAGGAGAACACGUGGGCUCUUCCAGGGUAGCAGCUCUGGCCGCUGGUUGUGUGCCGCUGUCUCUCUUCUUCCUCCCCUCUUCCUCCCUCCCUCCCCUCUCCGCCCCAUCUCUCUUUCUAUUCGAAGCCCUGGCAAAACGAGCGCUUCAAGUUUGGAGGCUCCGCAGCUCAGAAGAGUGCUAGAGCCAGGCUCUGCCGUGCGCCGGGAUCUCAACGGGGAAUACAGCGCGACCAGCCCAGAUGGAUGUAAUUGUAGGCGUUUGGGUUUGCCUAGCAGCUGCGAGAACAGUUGUAGGCUUUGGAAUGGACCCCAACUUACAAAUUGAUAUCAUCACAGAACUGGAUCUAGUCAACAUGACUAUUGGAGUUACACAGGUGUCUGGACUACAUAAUGCCAGUAAAGCAUUUCUAUUUCAAGCUGUUGACAGAGAAAUCCAUGCAGCACCCCAUUCUAGUGAGAAGUUAAUUCAGCUCUUCCGGAAUAAAAGUGAGUUCACAUUUCUGGCCACCCUACAGCAGCAGGCAUCGACUUCGGGAGUCAUUCUGUCCAUCCGAGAGUUGGAGCACAGUUACUUUGAACUGGAAAGCAGUGGCCUGAGAGAUGAAAUAAGAUAUCACUACAGAUUUAAUGGAAAGUCAAGAACAGAAGUAUUUCCGUAUCGGCUGGCAGAUGGACAGUGGCAUAAGAUUGCGUUAUCACUUAGUGCAUCCCACCUCCUGCUUCAUGUCGACUGCAAUAGGAUUUAUGAACGUGUUAUAGACCCUCCGGAAACAAAUUUGACUCCAGGAAGCAAUCUGUGGCUUGGACAACGUAACAGGAAACAUGGCUUCUUUAAGGGUAUCAUUCAAGAUGUGAAAGUCAUCUUCAUGCCUAAUGGAUAUAUAACCCAAUGCCCUAAUUUGAAUCGCACCUGUCCAACCUGCAGUGACUUCUUAAGCCUGGUUCAAGGAAUUAUGGAUUUACAAGAACUUCUGGCUAAAAUGACAGCAAAACUAAAUUAUGCAGAAAUGAGGCUUAGUCAGUUGGAAAACUGUCACUGCGAGAAGACUUGUCAAGUAAAUGGAGUGAUCUAUCGAGACAAAGACUCAUGGGUAGAAGAUGAUCACUGCAGGAAUUGUACUUGCAAAAGUGGAGUAGUGGAGUGCCGGCGAAUGGCCUGCCCACCAUUGAACUGUUCACCAGAUCGCCUUCCGGUCCAUUUAACAGGCCAGUGCUGCAAAUUGUGCAAGUCCAAAUGCAUCUAUGGAGGAAAAGUGUUGGCAGAAGGUCAGAGGAUUUUAACCAAGAACUGCAAAGAAUGUCGUAAUGGAAUUUUAGUAAAAGUAACAGAGACCUGUCCUCCAUUGAACUGCUCAGAAAAAGAUUACAUCCUCCCAGAGAAUCAGUGCUGCAGUGUUUGCAAAGGUCAUAAUUUUUGUGCACAAGGACACAGAUGUGGUGAAAACUCAGAGUGCAGGAACUGGAACACGCGAGCUACUUGUGAAUGCAAAAGUGGUUAUAUCUCUGUCCAAGGGGAUUCUGCCUAUUGUGAAGAUAUCGAUGAGUGUGCUGCUAAGAUGCAUUAUUGUCAUGCCAACACAGUGUGUGUUAACCUGCCUGGAUCAUAUCGCUGUGAUUGUGUCCCAGGAUAUAUCCGCGUUGAUGAUUUCUCAUGUACAGAACGUGAUGAAUGUGACAGCGGACAGCACAACUGUGAUGAGAAUGCAAUCUGUACUAACACAGUCAGGGGACAUAGCUGCACCUGCAAGCCUGGAUAUGUGGGGAAUGGGACCAUCUGCCGAGCAUUCUGUGAAGAAGGGUGCAGAUAUGGUGGGACAUGUGUAGCCCCUAAUAAGUGUGCCUGCCCUUCUGGAUUCACAGGAAAUCAUUGUGAAAAAGAUAUUGAUGAGUGUGCAGAGGGCAUCAUUGAAUGUCACAACCAUUCACGCUGUGUUAACCUCCCAGGGUGGUACCACUGUGAGUGCAGAAGCGGUUUCCAUGACAAUGGAACCUAUUCACUUUCCGGGGAGUCCUGUGUUGAUAUUGAUGAGUGUGCAGAGGGCAUCAUUGAAUGUCACAACCAUUCACGCUGUGUUAACCUCCCAGGGUGGUACCACUGUGAGUGCAGAAGCGGUUUCCAUGACAAUGGAACCUAUUCACUUUCCGGGGAGUCCUGUGUUGAUAUUGAUGAAUGUGCCUUGAGGACUCACACUUGCUGGAAUGACUCCGCCUGUGUGAACCUGGCAGGAGGAUUUGAUUGCCUCUGUCCAUCUGGACCAUCCUGCACUGGUGACUGCACACAUGAAGGAGGCUUGAAACGGAAUGGCCAGGUAUGGACACUGAAGAAAGACAGGUGUUCUGUUUGCUCUUGUAAGGAUGGCAAAAUAUUCUGUCGACGAACUACGUGUGAUUGUCAGAAUCCCAGCGUUGAUUUCUUCUGCUGCCCAGAAUGUGAUACCAGAGUCACCAGUCAAUGUUUAGAUCAGAAUGGGCACAAGCUGUACCGAAGUGGAGACAAUUGGACAUACAGUUGUCAACAGUGCCGCUGUCUGGAAGGUGAAGUAGAUUGUUGGCCGCUUGCAUGCCCCACUCUCAUCUGUGACUUCACAGCAAUAUCAGAAGGCGAAUGUUGCCCUCAUUGUGUCAGUGACCCUUGUUUGGCUGAUAACAUAACCUACGAUAUCAGAAAAACUUGUCAAGAUGGCUAUGGAAUAGCACGACUCAGUGGCUCCGUAUGGACAAUGCUCGGGUCUCCUUGUACAACUUGCAAAUGCAAGAAUGGAAAUGUGUGUUGCUCUGUGGAUUUAGAAUGUCUUCACAAUAACUGAAGUAUAAAGCUGGGACUAUUCUUUUCGCGAGGCAAACGGAUGCAACUUCCCACUUGCAAAAUGAAUGCAGUUGUAAGAGAUGGGAGUUUUAUACAAUAGACAAUUACCAAAGUCUCCGUCUGAGGAAGAUAUUUGGGAGUUGCCUUUGGGACCUACCACUACAUGCUCAACCUUGCUAGGCUUCUCUCGGGUGACUUUUACAGUACAAUACAUAUAAAUCAAUGGUUGUUUAAAAGUUUUGAGUGUUGUAAAUUACACCCUUUUCCUGUCAAAUCAUUUGCAAAUGCAUUGAAAUUAUUUCAUCGGUAAAAUACAAUGUAUUGAUUUGUUUACUUUGUGUACAAAACCAACAUUAUGGAAACUCCCAUUUUAUUUUAGGUUAGAUCAAGGUCCCACAGAAUAAGGCUGCCUGUUGUGGUUUCGUCCCAUACUAUUGCCUAUUUAGUUCUGAGGUCCCUGUCGGAUGUAUUUAUGAAAAUAUGUAUGUAUGUACAGUCAAAUUGCAUAGUACUUAUAUUUCAUAACUGUCAAGCAUUGUAAAACAUUCCAAGGUACAUUUUACUUGUACAGGCUGGAAGUAAUCAAACCUCAGCCUAUCUUUAUGACAGAAACACACAAAUAUAUAAAAGGGAUAAUGUCACAAGUUUAAUGAAGUGGCAAAAAGCAUAUUUUUUUUCAGA